UUUUUUUUGAAUUUAGACUUAGACCUCGACGAGUCUCACUGGUGCUGACGCUGUCUCCGCACUACGUGGAGCAGAGAGCGAUUUACAAAGCAACCAUGUAUAGAAUGGCCAUUGAUUUUUUUAUUUUGAAUUAUAUUGCAUGUCGAAUCAAUCAUGUCACACAAUAACACGUGCAGUUGGAGAGUUGUUGCAUAGAUGUCUUCAGAUUCUAUGCAGUCAAUAUGCGAUGCAACAGUCCUCGGCCCAGGCACCGUCAGAAAUCAUUAUUGCUUCGCUUAUUACCGUGUCUGCCAAGGCCAACAGCGUUUGACAAUAACAAUCCCAAUCUUGUGAUAUCAGCAGACAUCCAUCUCAAUACAAUCAAGUAAAAAUCGCCAUCCAGCGCUGGCAUGUGAAAAUCCAAUUCGAGCCAGGGGUCGACGUUGCAUGUGAUUGCGCUGCAUCCCUCGCAUCUCGGCGAAAAUACGCGACUGGCGCAUGCGAUUUCUGCCGCCCCAGCGGUUCAUCGGUUGGGGGGAUUUGCGCCCGAUGCGGCAAGCGGUGUCUUAACCCCCGAAGCUAUGCGUCAUUGGAGAUGAGCUUGGCACACGAGCUGCAGGUCGUUUUUCCUGUUCCCUGUUCUUGCAGCAAGGAUAGAUAAGACAUACGGCAUACUGUACAGGAUAUAUAUAUAGCAGGCCCUCCUUUUUUUUUUUUUUUUCGCUCAGACUGUAUAUGCUUCGACUCUGCGGCUCUCGCGUCGGCUUCUUUCUGCGGAUUUCACAGCUCAAAUCCCUGCAUCGUUGCAACAGCAGCUACUCCCCCCUCAACACAACAGCGGGCAAGAUGGCGUUCCUCGGCGGCUACGAGAAGAAGCACAAGGUCACCAUUGUGGGAUCUGGUAACUGGGGGUCUACCAUUGCAAAAAUCGUUGCCGAAAACACGCGAGCGAACAAGGAUGUCUUUGAGGAGGACGUCCAGAUGUGGGUGUUUGAGGAGGACGUCACCAUCGCCAAGGACUCCAAGCACUACGACGAAUCCAUCGGCGACGCUCCCCAGAAGCUGACCCACGUCAUCAACAAGUACCACGAAAACGUCAAGUACCUGCCCGGCAUCACCCUCCCCAGCAACAUCAUCGCCAACCCCUCCCUCGUGGACGCCGUCCAAGACUCGUCGAUCCUCAUCUUCAACCUCCCCCACCAGUUCAUCCGCAACGUCUGCAACCAGAUCCGCGGCAAGAUCCUGCCCUUUGCGCGCGGCAUCAGCUGCAUCAAGGGCGUCAACGUGUCCGACGACGGCGUCAGCCUGUUCAGCGAAUGGAUUGGCGACGGCCUCAGCAUCUACGUCGGCGCGCUGAGCGGGGCCAACAUCGCCAGCGAGAUUGCCGCGGAGAAGUGGUCCGAGACAACCAUUGCCUACGACCCGCCGCCAAUGGACAACAGCAGGGCGCCCACGCCGCGGUCCCAGAGCCCCGGCCUGACCAUGACCGUCACGGAGCCGCCUGCCGACAUGCAGCACCGCGAUGCCAGGGGCCGCAAGUCCAAGACCAAGCUGACGCCCGUGCCCGCAGAGUAUCCCCCGCUCGACCACGCCUGCUUCCAUUCGCUCUUCCACCGCCCUUACUUCCACGUCGAGAUGGUCUCUGACGUUGCUGGCGUGUCCCUUGGCGGUGCGCUGAAGAACAUUGUUGCCCUCGCUGCGGGCUUCGUUGACGGCCGCGGCUGGGGUGAUAAUGCCAAGGCCGCUGUGAUGCGAAUUGGCUUGAUGGAAAUGGUCAAGUUUGGCAAGGAGUUCUUUGGGGAGACUGUGCACACUGCGACUUUCACCGAGUCAUCUGCCGGUGUUGCCGACUUGAUCACCUCUUGCUCUGGAGGUCGAAACUUCCGAUGCGCAAGAAAGGCGGUUGAAAAGGGCAUCACCGUCGACGAGGUGGAGAAGCAGGAUCUAAACGGCCAGAAGCUCCAGGGCACCAGCACGGCGUUUGAGGUCAACAGCUUCCUCACGGCCCGUGGGCUGGAGAAGGACUACCCGCUGCUGACGGCCGUCAAUGCUAUUCUGCUGGGCAAGGCGAGCGUUGACGACAUUCCCAGCCUGGUUUCCGACACUGAGCGAAAACAACCCCUUCCAUGAGUGUGUUUAUGAAUAUAUGAAUGGACAUGUUGUAAAACGAAAAAGAAAAAAAAAUGAAAAUGAAAAAACAAGCAUGCAAUGUUAGGCAUAGCGAUGAGGCGAGAAGAGACUGGGCGGGGGAGGCGUUUUAGGCUGAAUGUCAUGAACGGUAGAUUUGCCUGGGCAUUUUUAUUUGUUUUUGCCUUUUACAAAUAUUUUGAUUGAUGAGAUGGUUCAAUCUGAUUUGUUCAAACUGUUACUGUUGCUUCUGUCUUAUUUGAACUCUUUGUCCUGUAUUCGGCGUAAAAAGGUCACCAGAAUUGUGUAGAUUGUACG